AGCGGCAGGUGGCGGGGGUGCCAUGGCCGGCGGGGCCAUGGCGGGCGGGGAGGGUUCGCUACGCGCUCUGCUCCGCGCCGCCAACGCGCUCCUGCAGCAGCGCCGCUACCAUGCCGCGCUCGCUGUCAUCAAGGGCUUCCGCAACGGCGCCGUCUAUGGAGCCAAAAUCCGUGCCCCUCAUGCCCUGGUGAUGACUUUCCUGUUCAAGAGCGGAAGUUUGAGGGAGAAGCUGAAGGCGAUUGCUCAGGCCACCUACGCCCACUCCCGGAACUUGGCCUACUUCGUGUUCACCUACAAGGGGCUCAUGGCAGCGCAGUCCCGGCUGCAGGGGAAGAAAAUCCCAUUCCAUGCUUUCCUUGCAGCCUGCAUUGGGGGCUGGCUGGUGUUUGGUGAGAACAAUCCCAUCAACAGCCAGAUCAUCAUGUACCUGCUGUCCCGGAUCCUGUUCGGCCUGUCCCGGCUGGCUGUGGAGAAGGGCUACAUCCCACAGCCCAAGCAGGAUCCCUUCCCCCUCGUGGCUGCCCUGGUGUGGGGGACAGUGCUGUGGCUCUUUGAGUACCACAGAGAGACUCUGCAGCCCUCCCUGCAGUCCUCCAUGACCUACCUGUACGAGGACAGUGAGGUGUGGCACGACCUGUCUGACUUCCUCCUUUACAACAAAAGGACAGACAGCAAGUAGGUGCUUCCCUGCAAAGCACCUUUGGAUGGGAUGGGACCUCUGGGCAGCUGAGGGGAAAAGGUUUUUCUGUUGCUCUUGACCUGGGAUUUUUUAAAUUUACAUCUGUCAAGCAGAGUUGCCUCUUGUAUCCCGGCCAAAAUGUUCUGAUUAGUCUUUUGGCUCUGUUUAGAGCAAGUAAACACCCCACAGAAACUGUCUGCAGAAACGCACACCCCACAGAAACCUGCUGCAGUCUUUUUUAAGAGGCCUUUUUUUCCCCUCUGUGUUUGGGUUUGAGGUUUUCUGGGUAUUGUUUUUUAAGAAACUAAAUAUAACUUACAAAGAGACGGCCUGGCAGUAAGUGGAGAGCAUGAAAACAUGUUUUAGGGCUCACCUGAAUGCUCACAAGUGUUUUUUCUCUGUGCUGCUGUGCUCACCGUGGUGUGGUGGGAGUGGGGGACAUCAUGAAAGCAGGGACAUUGUUUUUUCAUUGCUGUGGAUGGCUGGAAAUCCUGCUUAAACUAUUACAAGGACACAUUACAAGUUGUGUGCUCCUUGAGAGAGAGUUUAUCUGGACCUUUCCCUCUGGGAGACAAAAAAAUAUUUGAGAAUAAAACUGUUAAGAUUGUCUUGUACAAGCCUGGUAAAUCAUGCUUGGCAGGACUAUUUUUGCUCAGUUUCUCCCAUGCACUUGGGCUGAAUCUGUGCCUCUGCAAAGUGCACUAAUUAAUACCCUGUAAUUAUUUUAAACUUACUUGUAAAGUUUUUAAAAGCUGCUUGAACUAAAUACCGAAAUCAGUUAUGCAACUUGGGCUCCUCUGCAAACAGGCCGGGGCGUGUUCCCGCCCUCAGAUCUCACACUGAGCUUUGAGCAGGCACUUUUAUUUUGGGGGAAGGCACACAUGGGUUUCUCUUAGGGCCAGGAUCUGCCCUCCACAGGAGUGGCAGGGGUUGGCUGUAAUCAAAUUGGAAUGUACCUGUAAGUUUGUGCAGGUUUGCUGCUGGGCCAGGUUGAGGCCAUGGAUGAAUACAUGAGUGACUCUUAAAACUGCUGAGCUCCAGGACGGUGCAGCACACUCUGGGCUGUAGCAGAAGAUUGACUAAACAACUGAGAAAGCACAAAAACUGCUUUAAAAUUAAUAAAUUCAAGCUGUUAAUACACUGCCAUGUGACACUACAGGGUUCGCUCGAUCAUGUGCAUUCAGAUAAUUCCUGACGCACUGGUUUGAUGUGGUGAAGUUUCCAAGAGAGUCAUUAAGUUCCCUGUUCCCUUUUGGCUUGGCUGGGACUGUUUUGUUUGCUCUCCCUGUGUCCAUUUGCUUGUUCCUGAGCUGCUCAUGUCAUUGCAUAAUCAUGCUGAUGCUGUUUUCAUCAUGUUUUGAACUCUCUUUACCUUCCAGGCUCUGGCAGUUUGUCCUAUGCAAAGGUACAACUGAAACAGUACAUUGAACUUCAGGUGGCUUUUGGGUAGAAAAAAAUUCCCAAUUUCUUCUCAAGUGAUUUUUCCUUGCCCUCCUAAACUCUUUUGUUACUCUUAUGCAUAUUCAGAGUGCUGCUUUAUUCUUUGUCUUCCCACUUUUCUUUGAGCUCGUGCCAUGCAAACCCCUGAUUGUACAUGGUGUCCAAAAAACAAGAUACUUCUUUGCCAUGAUAACUGUCUGAGGUACCUUUAACUCCUAGUUUCACCUGCUAUUACAGUCUGGACUAAAUACUUCAAUUGGAACAUUAAUCAGCAUUUCAUCAGACCCCAGGAAAGUUAUAAAAAUCAGGAAUUGGGUUUGUUUCUUUGUGGUUAAAUAUUUUUCUUGGCAUAGAUAAGCUUAAAGAUUCAGAUACAGAAAAACUACUGAAGCUACAGAUUAGGUCUGAUUCCUUCAUAAACAUCUUUAUUUGCUGGGCAGCUGAAGCAUCACGAUUUUCCUGUCAGAAGCCUCAGUGUUGUUCCAAAUGAGAACAUUUGUAUUCUGCUAAUAUUGCUGAAUUCCUCCAAGCUUCGAUGGGAUUUCAGAAAACCCUUCCACAGCCUGACAGCUGUGGCUUGGGAAUUUCUCCCUAAAACUAUUAGACUCACAAAUCCUUGACCGUGUGUAAUUGUCGCAGCCAAAGAUGGCACGGGGCUGGUUCUGUGAGAAGUUUUUAAUCUUGUUUAAUUUGUAGCUGGUGUCUUCUUCCUCUGAGAAAGGCUUGUGAUUCCCUUAGAGGCGAAAUAAUUUCCUUUUGCUGGUAGUUGUACCACUGCAACCGAGUGGCCGCUGCUGAAGUUCUGAAGCACAAGUGGCCUGUCCUUUGUACCCAGAUGUCUGUGCUCUCUGGAAGAUGAAUCCAAGCCAAUACCCACUUUAUAGGAUCAACCUGGCAGCAGUGACUGUGUCACCGGUUCAAAGAAACACCCUUUUUCUCCUGGGAACGUCCCCCCAGUCUCACUUUGCAAGCCCACCGUGCCCAGGCCUCCAGCCAUCUGCACUGGAGCCCCGGGAAGCAGCUGCCAUCCCUGGGAGCCGCGGCUGCUCCCUGCCUGCCCAGCCGGGCGUUGGGACCGUUGGUGUUCCCGCUGUGCAAGUCACUGCUUUCCCCAGGGAAGUAAUUGGAACAGCUCCUUAAUGACAUCAGCCCCCAAUGCUGUCCCUGGGACCAGAUAGCUGGGGAUGAGCCCCUUCUGCCGCCAAGGUGUCGGAACAAUGCGGGCGUGUAGUAGGGAAGUGAACUAGAAGUAAUUUGUCUGAGUCAGACUUUUGGGAUACGUAAGUUACACUCCCUGCCCUCCCCCAGGGCAUUGUGUGGGGAGUUGAGCCCCCUGUUUGGGUUCCUUUUUUUUAUUAGCAUUAAAACCAGAAGAAAUAAAGAGACAGUUGGGAAGCCACCUGCGAAUCCGCCAAGUGCUUAAGGAUCACAAAGAAGUACCAUUUUCUCCCCCCCCACCCCCAGCCCUGACUGGUUUUGAAUUUUAAGAU